AUGGCAUCGCCAAGCGAUCGACCCAAGGGACGGAAACUGCCCCACCAUCCCUCAGAAGCGACCAUCACGAACCUCGAGAAUGAGAACACCCCUCUUCUUCCCAAGAAAACUAGCGACAAGCAAGUUAUUGACCCCACUGCGCUCUAUGUCAAGGUUCUCGACGAACACCUGCCCUGGCACAAACGCCCCUCGGUCCUCUGGCUGCUCCCGAUCUUCGGUCUCGCCUGGAUCGGCAGUGGCAUGCUCGCCUCCUCCAUUGGUCAACUCCAAGCUGCACUUCUCUGUCGCGAGUAUCUCAACCGCCACACAUCCAACACCACCUUGCUCGCCAGUGAGGGCGUGGUCUCGUUCCUGUCCAGGGUCUCUUCAAGCACUGGGGGAUUGGCUGAACACGUCGCAGUCGCGAUGCGACCCGCUGCAGAGUGUCAGAUCCCAGAGAUCCAGGCGUACACUGCCAAGAUCACAGGCCUUAUCGAGGUGCUCACCGGUAUUGCGAGCACAUUCUCGAUCGGAUACUACUCGUCCUUGAGUGAUAAGCAUGGGCGCAGGACUAUCAUGUUCGUCUGCUUCGUUAACUCGUUCCUGACCCUCGCCGCCAUCCUCGCCAUGAGUCUAUACUGGGACCAAAUUGGAUUGCCCCUCAUGGUCGCCUCUGGGCUCCUCGUCGGACUACUCGGCGGUACUAGCCUCAGUCUCACCAUUACACUGGCUUACACAGCCGAUUGCACAGAUCCUGCGAAGCGUAGUCUGGCCUUUUCCUGGCUUCACGCCAGUCUCUUCCUCGGACUCUCUGUCGGAUCAUAUCUGGGAGGAACGAUCGUGAGAGCCACGAACACCAUCCUGUCGAUCGUCUAUCUCGAGAUGAUCACAACCACCAUCUGUUUCCUACUUGUACUGUUCUUUGUGCCAGAGUCCCUGCCGGGCAAACAACCUGAGAAAGUUCAGCGACUUUACGAGACCUUCAAGAAGAAGAACGGCACAGGAACAACAUCUCAGGAACGCGUCGCGUGGCAUUCACACGCUAUACGCGCACUCAGCUUUUUCAAACCCAACGGUCGCAACACCAACUUGGUUCUCUUAGCAGCAAUAUCGUUCCUGCAGAUGCUAGCCAUGCGCGGUACACUCUCGGUCAUCAUUCUCUACACAAACAAGAUGUUUGACUGGACUGAAUACGAGGACGGCAUUAUGUUCAUGCUGAGCUCGCUGGUUCGAUUGUUCACGAUGCUGCUUUUGCUGCCGAUCCUAGUCCAGCUGCACCAGAGGGCCUACCAAAGGAAGCAGAACAAGGUUGCAAAGGAAGCCCUCCGUCACGGGAAGCAGCCCGAUGUCCAAUCUCAAUACCUGCAGACACGGGAUCCAAUCAUCGACAGCGUCUAUAUGUCCAGUCAAGUCCCAUUCAACGAGAACGAUCCUAGUGCCGCAGCGAGUGUGCAACAUUUGGGCGGGACUGCGCUCGAAUUGUCGCUUGAGGAACAUGAGCGUCGGAAUCGUCAGAUCUCGGUGGAUUCUAUCGGAACGUUGGCUCCCUCUAACGGAGUAACAUCUCAUCCACAAAACGCCAUCGAGGCAGGGGAAGAGGACGAAAACAGCUCUGCGGACGCCUACAUUGCGCCAGUGAGGACACAAGCGCAGACGUUUAGCGACAUGAAGUUCGAUACAUGGAUGAUUCGACUGGGCUCUGCGAUCAGCUCGAUUACUUAUGUCGGGUACGGUCUGGCACGAGAGGGCUGGGUGUUCUACCUGGCUACAGCACUGCACGCCGUCUAUAUCAUCUCGAGCCCAUCACUUAAAUCCCUUCUAACGAAUCUGGUCGAACCUUCGCAGUUUGGAGCGGUACUGGGGGCUGUGCAGGUCGUGGACUCGAUUGCUGUGAUCUUCUCACCGAUUGUGAUCUCGUGGGUGUAUGCGCUGACGGUCGGAACGAUGCCGGAGUUUGUGUGGUACAGCUGUGCUGCCUGGGCGGGCAUCUGUGUGGUCCUGGCGUUCAUGAUUCGGCAGAAGCAGUUUCGUAACAACAUGGAUUUCUAA